CCCACUUUUUCCUCCCUCUCCUCUACUUCCCAGACCAACCUCUACCUCCCUCUCUCUCUCUCCCUCCCUCCCUCUCUCCCCCUCUCUUUCUCUCUCUCCCCCUUCUGUCUCAGUCGUCGCUCGCUCGCCGUGCUGUGCGGACCUACCGACCACAUCUCUCCUCUCCUUCACUGAAUCUCUUCAUCUCUCUCUCUCGUCCCUCUCCUCCGGUCCUCCGGUCUCUGCUAUGACAGCUCACACCAGCGGCGUGUUGCCCGAUCUCAGACUGUCAACCCGUCACCGGUUGUCCUGUCCAAACCUUACCAUGGACAUGUGCGUGGGGGAUAUUCGUGAUUGAUCCUCGGGCGUGUGUAUUUUCUUUUUUGUUUGUUUGUUUUUUUGUUUUGUACAAAAACGAAAGAAAAAGGAGGAGGGGGGCGGCCGUCCUCUUUCACCCCCCUCCGCUUCCUUCAGCCAAGCAGAGCGGCAAGGUGGGGAGAGAGGGCUUUAAAAUUAAGCCAGCUUGGAUUUAUUUAAGAGCAAAAUGACGGAUUUGGGGGCGCCGGAGAUGCAGCUGAUGAGGAGGAGGCUGAACGUGAAGAAAACGGGAAGGCUGAGACGCGACCUCCCGCUUCUCCUCCUGCUGGGGCUUCUCAUCGGGGAUUUCUCCUCGUCCAAGGCUGAGUCUUGUGGUGGUGUAGUCCAAGGCCUGAAUGGCACCAUAGAGUCGCCUGGAUUCCCCCAUGGCUAUCCCAACUAUGCCAACUGUACGUGGCUGAUAAUAACGGGGGAGAGGAAUCGGAUCCAGCUAACCUUCGUCACACUGGCGCUGGAGGAAGACUUUGAUAUUGUAUCGGUUUACGAUGGACAGCCAUCGCCUGGCAACUUAAAAAUGAGGUUGUCCGGAUUCAUGCUGCCCUCCCCUAUAGUCAGCAGUGGAUCCAUAUUGGCCUUGUGGUUUACCACAGACUUUGCAGUGAGUGCACAGGGCUUCAAAGCUGUAUAUGAAGUCCUGCCCAGCCACACGUGUGGUACCCCCGGCCUCAUUCCAAAUGGAAUCAUUCAUGGCUCGCGGUACAACAUGGGGGAUAAGAUCCGAUACAGCUGUGAGUCAGGUUUUGUGCUGGAAGGACACAGUAUCCUCACAUGUAUUGUAUCACCUGGCAGUGGAGCACAGUGGGACUUCCCGUCACCGUUUUGUAGAGCGGAGGGAGCAUGUGGGGGUACGUUACGAGGCACCGCAGGUUCAAUAACCAGCCCCGGAUACCCUGCAGAGUAUGACAACAACCUGGACUGCACAUGGUCAAUCCUUGCUGAACCUGGGGACACCAUAGCUCUCGUCUUCAGUGACUUCUUAUUAGAGGACAAAUAUGACUUCCUAGAAAUCAGCGGGACAGAAGCACCAAGCAUAUGGCUGACUGGUACAACUCUGCCCUCGCCAGUGAUAUCAAAUAAGAACUGGCUUCGGAUACAUUUCACCUCAGACAGCAACCAUAGAAGAAAAGGAUUCAGUGCUCAAUAUCAAGUGAAGAAAGCGAUAGAGUUGAAGUCCAGAGGGGUGAAGAUGAUGCCCAGUAAAGAUUCCAGUCACAAAAAUGCUGUCUUGAGUCAAAGCGGUCUUGCUGGUGAUGUUUGUCCAGAUCCUGGAGUUCCUGAAAAUGGCAAGAGGAUGGGCUCUACUUUUCAAAUUGGCUCCAGCGUCCAGUUCAGCUGUGAUGACAGCUACGUACUACAAGGAUCCAAAAGUAUCACCUGUCAACGAGUCACUGACACACUGGCUGCCUGGAGUGACCACAGACCUAUCUGCAGAACUCGUACCUGUGGCAGUAACCUAAGGGGCCCCAGAGGUGUCAUAACUUCUCCUAACUAUCCUGUUCAGUAUGAGAACAAUGCACACUGUGUGUGGGUCAUCACUGCAAUGGACUCUGGGAAGGUAAUCAAGCUGUCAUUUGAAGAGUUUGAUCUGGAAAGAGGAUAUGACACACUAACUGUGGGAGAUGGUGGGAAGAUAGGAGAUACUCGGAGGGUCCUCUAUGUACUGACUGGUUCCAGUGUCCCUGACCUCAUCGUUAGCUUGUCCAAUCAGAUGUGGCUACACCUGCAAUCAGAUGAUACGAUUGGCUCAGCGGGGUUCAAGGCAGUAUAUGAAGAGAUCGAUCGAGGAGGCUGUGGGGAUCCUGGAGUGCCGGCAUUCGGUCGUCGUAGCGGCGAUCGCUUUCAACAUGGUGACGUGUUGACCUUCUUUUGCCAGUCGGCCUUUGAACUUGUGGGAGAAAGAACCAUCACAUGCCAGCACAAUAACCAGUGGUCUGGCAAUAAGCCCAGUUGCGUCUUCUCAUGUUUCUUCAACUUCACGGCUCCAUCAGGGACUGUUUUAUCCCCAAACUACCCAGAGGAGUAUGGUAACAACCUAAAUUGCGUGUGGUUGAUUAUCUCUGAACCAGGAAGCCGCAUUCAUCUCCUCUUCUCAGACUUUGACCUGGAGCCACAAUUUGACUGGCUGGUGGUCAAAGAUGAAGGUCUGUCUGAACCAACAACAUUUGGGACAUUCUCAGGAAAAGAUGUUCCAUCACAGAUCGCCUCGAAUGGGCACAUCAUGAGACUGGAAUUUCAGUCCGAUCAUUCCAAUACUGGGAAAGGCUUCAAUAUCAGCUAUACCACAUUUGGUCAGAAUGAAUGUCACGACCCAGGAGUCCCUGUCAACGGUCAGAGGUACGGUGACCAGUUUCAGCUCGGCAGCUCGGUGGCUUUUCGCUGCGAUCAAGGAUUCAUUCGGACACAGGGGUCAGAUCAGGUCACCUGCAUCAUUCAGGAUGGAAAUGUUGUCUGGUCUGCAGCUGUCCCUCGCUGCGAAGCUCCCUGUGGAGGCCACCUCACAGCUCCUACUGGGGUUCUGCUGUCUCCUGGUUGGCCCUCCUUCUAUAAAGACUCUCUGAACUGCCAGUGGGUGAUUGAAGCACAAACAGACCACGCUGUAAAGAUACACUUCGACAAGUUCCAGACGGAGGUCAACUAUGACACGCUGGAGAUCAGGGAUGGACCCUCAACCUCCUCUCCCCUGAUCGGCGAAUACCACGGCACCCAAGCGCCUCAUUUCCUGAUUUCUACGUCCAACUUCCUGUUCCUGUUGUUCACCACAGACAACAGCCGCUCCGCAGCAGGCUUCAGCAUCAGAUAUGAAAGUGUCAAAAUGGAGUCGGACUCGUGUCUCGAUCCUGGUAUCCCAGUCAAUGGUCGUCGCCAUGGCAGCAGCUUCUCCAUUGGCUCACGUGUCUCAUUUACAUGUGACCCCGGAUACACACUUAGUGAUCAGGAGCCAAUUGUCUGUGAGCAGAAUCAUCAGUGGAGUCAUGCUCUUCCCAGCUGUGACGCUCUAUGUGGAGGUUAUGUUUUCGGUAAAACUGGGACUAUUCUGUCUCCUGGCUUCCCUGACUUCUACCCCAAUUCUCUGAAUUGCACCUGGACAAUAGAGGUGUCUCAUGGGAAAGGAGUCCAUCUGGUUUUCCACACAUUCCAUCUGGAGGAGAAUCACGACUACCUGUCCAUCACGGAGGAUGGCAAUUUCCAGGUUCCAGUGGCGCGACUCACCGGCUCAGUGCUGCCCCCUAGUGUUAAAGCUGGACUCUAUGGGAACUUCAGCGCUCAGCUGCGAUUUAUAUCGGACUUUUCCAUGAGUUACGAAGGAUUUAAUAUUACUUUCUCAGAGUACGACUUAGAGCCAUGUGAGGAUCCUGGCGUACCAGCAUUCAGCAGGAGGAUGGGAUUCAGGUUUCGAGUUGGUGACUCGCUGGCCUUCUCUUGUUUCCACGGCUACCGACUCGAAGGAGACAGCAAGAUCACCUGUCUGGGUGGAGGCAGACGAGUCUGGAGCAACAUACUUCCACGAUGUAUAGCCGAGUGUGGUGCCUCCUCACUAGGACCUGAAGGCGUUCUCCUUUCUCCAAAUUUCCCCUCCAACUAUGAUAACAACCAUGAGUGCAUCUACCGCAUCACUACUGAAAAGGGCAAAGGAAUCAUGCUGAAAGCUGAGAGCUUCUCUUUGCAAGACGGAGACUAUCUCAAGGUGUAUGAUGGAGAAAACACUUCAUCUCGUCUCCUUGGCAACUUUACACACGAUGGCAUGAUGGGUCAAGUCAUGAAUAGCACGUCCAAUCACCUUUGGCUGGAGUUCAACAGCAAUGCCUCCGGAACCAAUCAAGGCUUCCGACUCACAUACACAAGUUUUGACCUCGUACGCUGCGAGGAACCAGGUGUCCCUAGUUACGGCUAUAAGAUCCAGGACGACGGUCAUUAUGCCAACACUUUUGUCCUGUACUCCUGCAACCCUGGAUACAGUCUCCAUGGCAGCAGUACGCUGACCUGCCUGAGCGGGGACAGACGUGUCUGGGACAAGCCACUUCCUUCCUGUAUCGCGGAAUGUGGAGGUCAUAUAACUGGAGCAGUGUCUGGACGCAUUCUAUCUCCAGGAUAUCCUGCUCCGUAUGACAACAACCUCCACUGUACCUGGACUAUAGAGGCUGAUACAGGAAAGACCAUCAGCCUCCACUUCAUCGUGUUUGACACUGAGGUCGGCCACGAUAUUCUGAGAGUUUGGGACGGUCCGUCUGGGCCAUCAGACGGUGGGAUCCUUUUGAAAGAAUGGUCCGGUCCAGCCUUACCUGAAGAUAUCCACUCAACUUUCAACAUCCUCACGCUGCAGUUUGACUCAGAUUAUUUCAUCAGCAAGCAAGGAUUUUCGAUACAGUUCUCCACCACAACAGCAACGACCUGCAAUGACCCAGGCAUCCCUGUCAACGGUUCUCGAUACGGGGACAGUAAGGAGCCAGGUGACAGUAUGACGUUCCAGUGUGAUCCAGGCUACCAGCUGCAGGGCCAAGACACCAUCACAUGUGUGCGGAUGGAUAACAGAUUCUACUGGCAACCGGAUCCUCCUACAUGUAUCGCGACCUGCGGUGGUAACGUCAGUGGCCCUUCUGGAGUCAUUCUGUCUCCUAACUACCCCCAGCCUUACCCCCCUGGGAAAGAGUGCGACUGGAGAAUCAGAGUCAACCCUGACUUUGUCAUUGCUCUCAUCUUCAAAAGUUUCAACAUGGAACCAAGUUACGACUUCCUGCACAUCUAUGAGGGAGAAGACUCUAAUGGUCCUCUACUCGCAAGUCUCCAAGGCAACCAGGCCCCUGAGCGGAUAGAGAGCAGCAGUAACAGUCUCUUCCUGGCAUUCAGAUCUGAUGCCUCACUGGGCAUGUCUGGGUUUGCCAUCGAAUACAGAGAAAAACCAAGAGAAGCUUGUUUUGACCCUGGCAACAUUAUGAACGCCAGUCGGACAGGCUACGACUACAAACUGGGAUCUCAGGUCUCCUACAGCUGUCACCACGGCUACACAACAGUGGGCGGGGAUACCAUCACCUGUGUCAUGGGGCAUGAUGGGAAGCCGGUGUGGGACAAGGCGUUGCCGUCAUGUAAAGCUCCAUGUGGGGGACAGUAUGGUGGAUCUGAGGGAGUUGUUUUGUCUCCAAACUAUCCUUUAAACUACACUACAAGACAGGCUUGCUCCUAUUAUAUCACAGUUUCCCCACAGUUUGUGGUUUUUGGUCAGUUUGCUGUUUUCCAGACAGCAAUGAAUGACUCAGUGGAGCUGUUUGAUGGAGCCAAUGACAAUGCCCGAUUGCUCAGUUCCCUGGCUGGGUCACACUCAGGUGAGACACUGCCACUGGCAACUUCCAAUCAGAUCAUGCUUCGGUUCAAUGCUAAGAGUGGUCAGUCAGCUAGAGGCUUUCACUUCGUCUAUCAAGCUGUGCCUCGAACCAGUGACAGUCAGUGCAGUUCAGUGCCAGAGCCUCGGUAUGGAAGACGGAUCGGUUCAGAGUUCUCAGCAGGUUCUGUCGUUCGAUUCGAGUGCAGUCCAGGCUAUUUACUGAAAGGAUCCAGUGCAAUUCGGUGCCAGUCUGUACCAGGUGCUCUCGCACAGUGGAAUGCGACAACACCAACCUGUAUAGUUCCCUGCAGCGGCAAUUUGACUGAACGUCGUGGCACAAUACUGUCUCCUGGUUAUCCUGAGCCCUACCCAAACAGCCUCAACUGUCUGUGGAGGAUCCAUGUCAGUGAAGGGGCUGGGAUUCAGAUACAAGUAAUGACGUUUGCUACUGAGCACAACUGGGACUCUCUGGAGAUCUACGAUGGAGGAGACAUGACAGCUCCUAAAUUAGGGUCAUUUUCUGGAACAACAGCUCCUGCUCUUCUCAACUCAACAUCCAACCAGCUCCUUCUGCACUUUCAAAGUGACAUUAGUGUGGUGGCAGCAGGCUUUCACCUAGAAUACAAGACGGUUGGUCUCACCACUUGUCCAGAACCAAUGAUACCAGCCAAUGGCAUUAAAUCUGGAGACAGAUAUAUGGUGAAUGAGGUGGUGGCAUUCAGCUGUGAGCCAGGUUACACACUACAGGGCCAUUCUCACAUUUCUUGCAUGCCUGGGACUGUGCGUCGAUGGAACUACCCACCACCCCUUUGCAUAGCUCGUUGUGGUGCGGUGCUGUCUGAGAUGAGUGGUGUCAUCCUCAGUCCAGGUUUCCCUGGCAACUACCCCGGCAACCUGGACUGCACCUGGCAAAUCACCUUGCCAACUGGAUAUGGAGCCCAUGUUCAGUUCCAAAACUUUUCUUCGGAAGACAACCAUGACUUCCUCGAGGUCAGGGCUGGACCUCAGCACAGCUCUGCCCUUAUUGGUCAGUUUACUGGCUCACAGAUCCCUCCCCCUUUAUCGAGCACCACCCACCUGACGAUCAUCCACUUCUACAGUGACCACUCAGAGAACAGACCGGGAUUCAAACUGACCUAUCAAGCUUAUCAACUUCAAAACUGCCAGGAUCCCUUUCCUUUCCCCAAUGGGGACAUCAUCAACAAUGACUACAGUGCAGGCCAAUCAGUAACCUUCCAGUGCUACCCUGGUUAUGUUUUAAUCGGACACACAGUCCUAACAUGCCUGCAUGGGGCCAACCGCAAGUGGAACCACCCAUUUCCACGCUGCGAAGCUCCUUGCGGCUAUAAUGUCACAGCUGAGAACGGGACCAUCUAUUCACCUCAGUACCCCAGUGAAUAUCCCAACUCCCAGGACUGCAGCUGGCUCAUAACAGUUCCCCACGGACAUGGAGUUUAUAUCAACUUUACCUUAUUGCAGACGGAGCCUGUCACUGAUUACAUCGCUGUCUGGGACGGCCCAGAUACAUCCAGCUCUCAGCUGGGAGUCUUCAGUGGCAACACAGCAUUAGAAUCGGCCUACAGUACCAGCCCCAAGGUCCUGAUCCGUUUUCAUUCUGACUUUUCAACUGGAGGCUUCUUCAUUCUGAACUUCCAUGCGUACCGUCUGAAGAAGUGUUCUCCUCCCCCUGUUGUGGAGAACGCAGAGGUGAUCUAUGAAGAUGAAGACUUCCAGAUAGGUGACAUUGUGAAGUAUCGCUGCUUACCUGGAUACACACUGGUCGGAAAGGCAGAGCUCAUGUGCAAACUCAAUUCCCAUUUGCUCUUUGAAGCCCCACCACCAACAUGUCAAGCCCAGUGCCCGGCCAACGAGGAGCGGUUUUCGUCAUCAGGAGUGAUACUGAGCCCUGGAUUUCCUAGCAACUAUCCAAACAGCCAGACGUGCUCCUGGCUGCUGCGUAUGGUUCCAGGUUACACCAUCAAUAUCUAUGUCGAGAUGUUCCACAGUGAGAAGCAAUUUGAUGAACUGGAGAUUUUUGACGGAUCCUCAGGACAAAGCCCUUUGCUUGUUGCUCUAAGUGGUAACCACUCAUCUCAGCUGAAUUUCACAUCUAAAACAAACCAGCUCUACCUGCGCUGGUCCACUGACCAUGCAACCAACAAGAGAGGAUUCAAGAUUCGAUACUCAGCUGCCUACUGUAGCAUUAAUGAUCCUCCCUUGAAUGGAGGUGUGGUCAACAGGACCAAACUCCGUCCAGGUAGCAGACUGCAGUUCUUUUGUAACCGUGGUUACCGCCUGGUAGGCUCAAGCAAUGCCACCUGCAGGCUCGACUCCAACGGGCUUUUCCAGUGGGACACACCACCGCCUUUUUGUCAAGCUGUCUCGUGUGGAAUACCUCAGGCGCCGGGCAACGGCAGUUUCCAUGCUUACCAGUACACUGUUGGCAGCCAGGUCACCUACCAGUGUAACCAUGGUUACCACCUUGACCCUGGUGCUCCAAUGACAGCUGUGUGUUUGGAGGAUGGCAGCUGGAGUAACGCUGCCUCAGUCCCCAGAUGUCUACCGAUUCACUGCCCCAGCGUUGAGGGUACCUUGUUAGAUCACAUGACCUACCGCCUGCUCUCUGGUAGACUGGGAGAGUUUGGUUCCAUGGUGAUGCUAGAAUGCUCAACAGGUUACUAUCUGGGUGUGGGCCAUCGGACUCUUCGCUGUCUGGCCAACGGGACGUGGGAGGGAUCAGAUGAUCCAGCUACUUGCAAGAUCAUCUCCUGUGGGGAACUUCCUUCUCCACCCUUCGGCACCAAACUGGGGACACUGACGACAUUCGGAGCAACUGCAAUCUUUAUGUGUAACCAUGGCUACACUCUGGUGGGGUCACAUGUCAGGGAGUGCGGGGCUAAUGGGCUGUGGAGCGGUGCGGAGACCAGGUGUCUAGCUGGUCACUGUGACUCUCCAGAUCCUAUUGUCAAUGGCCACAUUAGCGGAGAUGGCUCUAGUUACCGUGACACCGUGGUGUACCAGUGCAUGUUAGGAUAUCGGCUAAUUGGCACAUCAGUCAGAAUCUGUCAGCAAGACCAUCGGUGGUCUGGAACAACGCCUGUCUGCGUCCCUAUCACUUGUGGUCAUCCAGGCAACCCAACCAAUGGACGGACCAACGGCAGCGAAUUUAACCUCAAUGAUGUGGUCAACUUCACCUGCAACAGAGGCUACAUCCUCAGUGGAAAUGCUCGCGCUCAAUGCCGACUCAACGGACAGUGGAGCAGCCCCCUACCUGUCUGCAAAGUCGUGAACUGUUCGGACCCCGGCCAUGUGGAGAAUGGUGUGCGCCAAUCUGGCCUACAUUACCCAGAAGUCUUCAGCUAUGGCGUUACUGUGGCAAUCCACUGCAAACGAGGCUUCUACCUUCUGGGCUCUGCGCUCCUCACAUGCCAGCAUGAUGGACUGUGGGACCGACCAACCCCUCGCUGUCUUGCUAUUUCCUGCGGUGACCCCGGCGUACCCCCCAAUGCUGUAGUAUCUGGAACCCACAGCUGGACGUAUGGUUCAGUACUGCAGUACUCCUGUCUGCCUGGUGGUGUGCUGGUGGGCAAUGCCACUCGCCACUGUCAGGAGGAUGGCACGUGGAGUGGAGCUCCGCCCUACUGCACAGGUGGAAGUGCUGGAAUCUGUGGAGACCCAGGGAUGCCUCCCCACGGUGCCCGUUUGGGAGGAGAAGAAUUUAAAACCAAGAGCCUUCUGCGUUUUAGCUGCGAGGCAGGAUAUAAUCUGAUUGGUUCAGCUGAGAGGACCUGCCUUCACAACGGCACCUGGAGCGGCAUGCAGCCUGUCUGUCAAGCUGUAUCCUGUGGUAACCCUGGCACACCAGCACACGGCAGAAUUGUCUUCAGUGAUGGCAUCACUUUCGGCAGCUCAGUGGCUUAUGCAUGCUGGGAAGGCUUCAAAACAUCAGGCCUGACCACCAGGCACUGCACAACAAAUGGGACGUGGACAGGACAGCCUCCAGAUUGUACUGUGAUCAGUUGUGGAGACCCUGGGCCUGCAGCCAAUGGAAUCUAUCUGGGCAAAGAGUUUAACUUCAACCACACAGUGACCUACCGCUGUAACCCUGGUCACCUGAUGGAGCCUCCUGGUCCUGGACGCAGCCUUUUGCGCUGCACUAAAGAUGGGACCUGGAACCAGACCAAACCCAGCUGUAGAGUGAUCCAGUGUGGACCUCCCCCUCAAGUCCACUAUGGGAAAGUGGAAGGGAUGGACCAUUCAUGGGGAUCGAGUGUUACCUACAGUUGUUUCCACGGUUAUCAGUUGUCCACUCCUGCUGUGUUAACCUGUGAGGGGAAUGGGACUUGGACAGGAGACAUACCACAGUGUCUGCCUGUCCUGUGUGGUGACCCCGGGUCUCCUGGAGGAGGAUUCAGAGAGGGAAACAUCUUUUCAUAUCGGUCGGAGGUCAGGUUCUACUGCCAUGCCCCCUACUUGCUGGUAGGUUCUGCCUCUAGGGUCUGUCAAGCGGAUGGGAUUUGGAGUGGCCAACAACCAGCCUGUAUAGAUCCAGCCUUUAACAACUGCCGGGAUCCAGGAACUCCAGCCUAUGGAAUUCCAGUCAUGGCCCAAGGCUUUCAGGUUGGCAGUAAGAUUUCCUUCAAGUGCCGUAAAAACUACCACAUCCUCGGCUCGACAACAAGAACAUGCCUUGAAAAUCUAACCUGGAGCGGAACUCAACCUGAGUGCAUAGCUCAUUCAUGCAGACAGCCAGAGACCCCCAGUAAUGUAGAUGUGCGAUCUAUGGACCUGCCUACCUUGGGAUAUACUCUGAUUUACACCUGUCAAGAUGGUUUCUAUCUGGCUGGAGGAUCAGAGCACAGAACCUGCAAAAGUGAUGGGAGAUGGUCAGGAAAACCACCACUCUGUAAAGUUGGAGUGAAAGUCAAUCCCAAAGGCAGAGGAGAGUCAGACGUCCAGAAGAACAAGAUUCGUGUGCCAGUGGAUGUCUUUUCUCCAAACUCUGAGUGGAGCGGUUUCUACGAGUAUCUCGGGAAAAGACAGGCCACCACAUUUACAGUUACUGGCUUCAAUGCUACCAGUGGAAGAGUUAAUGUAACAUUACUAGAGACCAGCGGCGUGUCAAUCCGGUUGUCAGGCACCUAUAAGUCUGAGGAAAAUCAGCUGCUGUUGAAGGUCUACCAGGUGAAGGGGCCAACAGAGCAUUAUUACAGCAAGUUUAAAAAUGACAACUGGGCUAUGGAUGGAUAUGUUACUGCAGAAUCUGACCAGAAGACCUUUGUCUACCAGGGACACAUUCACAGUAAAGAUUUUGGCAAGUUCCAUCUGACGAGGCAAGGCCCUGUAACCAUGGCGAUGGACCCUCCAAACCCCUAUACAAACAGCAGCUCUGUGGCAGCAGCCAUCUUAGUACCUUUCUUUGCCCUCAUCCUCUCUGGAUUUGCCUUCUACCUCUACAAGCACAGGACAUUGUCUGCUGACACAGAUGACAAUGAGAGGCCAAAAGACACCUGGGGGCCUGGCGGCAGGACACGUCCAAAGGUCCAGUUCAAUGGCUAUGUCGGCCACGAGAGCUCCAAUGGUCAGGCAUCGUUUGAAAAUCCAAUGUAUGACACCAACAUGAAGCCCACUGAGGCUAAGGCAGUUCGAUUUGAUACCACACUCAAUACAGUCUGCACUGUGGUAUAGUCCAUCAAACCUGCCACUACUUAUACAGUGGUUCAGUCCAACAUCCAUGUUGCAGUCUGCAGUGUGGUUUAACCAAAACAGAACAAAAAAGAAAGAACAAACUUAGGAUUUGGACUCAUCACCGUGAGCAGUGUUUGUGUAGCCUGCUGGUCCCCUGUCAGCUUCACCUGCACAGCUCUACUACUCCCCCUACCUGAACAAUGGUAUCAUCCACCUCUAGUGAGCGGGAGUAGGCAAUGAUGCCAACAAAUAACACAAUGUCUGUUGUUCAGGAGGUCAGUACUUGGACUAGAAUUCUAUUUAAGCACUGUUGCAAUUCAAACAUCAUCGAAAAACACAGACAGAUGGUAAAAAUAGAUGAACUCUCUCCAAGAACAUGCUCGUCCAGUGUCAGGUGACUUCUGCAUAAUCUGCCCCAUCCUUGUUAUUGAAAGGGCUUUGUAUGGCCAGUGUCACAUGGCCCUUGGAUACUCUUCCUACAAGUCAAUAGUGGUUUAUCCCAAUUUAACCCCAUGCCCCCAUGUCAGAUUUGCACAGUGGUAUAGGCUUACUAACUCCCCUGCUGCAGGCCAGACAGGGGUUUGACCGAUGUGAGGUUCAACCCUCAGGGGAAGCACAUAGACUAUUCCACGCUUCCGCCCCCUCCAGACGUUGGAUGGUUCCUGUCCGUGAAUAUUAACCAUCAUUAGUGCUGGACCAAAAAGCUCCCACUGGACUUCCAUCACGCUGGACUUGACAUGACUAGACUCUUUGACAUAAUGACAGUUUACAGAGUCUGUUUUGAUGGAAUCCAAUAUUGAUUGUAUGGCGUGCUCUAAAGUUGACAACCUAAUGCAGUCCAAGCAGUGAUAAGAUAAACCAGACCAGUUCCUUUAAAGGAAAUGACACUCUCAUUCAGUACUGGACACUGGUUUCAAAUCAGUAUGAAGAGCAGAUUAGUUUGAGAUGUUUAAGUCUACUUGGAGAGCUGAAUGAGUUUUAAUAAAGCAGGACAAUCACAGAGUUUAGUUGUCAGUUAAUAAUGGAUUUUCGGAUGGGUUCCUGUAAUUGUCUUUAACUUCUGCCACUAUAUUGCCUUUUAUGACGACGUCUACCACAGAACAUGGCAACUAGUUAGACUAAAACAUACCAAAUCAAGCUUUUGGAAACAAUGUUUUCCCCAAGUUUGGUACCAGAACCUGUGGACUAGUUCUAGAUGAGUUUUGAACAUUUUCAGAUAUCACACAGAGGUACUACACACUUAAAGUCAGACAAUGUAAAACUCCACAGUAGCACUAGGCAGAUGGUGCUGAACCAGAAAACCAGACAUUUGAGUUUCCCGGUUGGUGUACACUAUGGACGUGUUUCCGAAGACCUGUCUUACGCAAUCAAAGAGUCAGACAACUGAUUCUUGUUCUUGGACUAGCCAGGAUUCUGUGCUUGGUGGCUGAACAAGUGGAAGCCUGGAGGCAAUAAGCUGUCAGGAUCGUUGACUGCUGCAAUCAGCUGUGGCCAAAUCCAGGAAAUAAUUUGUCUUCUCGUAACUCUGGUCGGGACUAUCAGUCAAGUGAUGGCUGAUUUUUUUUUUUCUAUGCUAUACUCUCCAGCCACAAAAUCUGAAAUAGAUGAACUGAAUAACAGACAGACUGGUAGACUGACAGAAAUUGGACGGACGGACACAGACAAAAGGACAGUUAGACACCUCUGUCAGUCAUGCUGGAAAAGAGAGACAAGGACAUGUUGCUGUGGAAACAGAGGCAAAUAUCUGUCUCUUAUUGUCUCUUCUGGCAUUUUUCUUCAGUGAAGAUAUUGAUGAACAAACUCAUAUGUUCAAAAACCCAGUGGCCCCAUGGGACUUCCCAGACCACUGCUGCUGGGGACCCUAAAAUAUAAACUUUAUAUAAACCGCACAAAUUUUGCACUAGUGUGUUUUUCUGACUGGGUUAUGAAAAAAUGAAUAAUUUUUGGGUCUGAAAUGGGUUUGAAAAAUGAGUCAUUCAAAAAAGAGAAUUUUAUUCAAAAACUUCUAUCUUUAAAAAGAUGACAAAAAUGACUAAUUACAGGGUUACAGAGUGUUUGUAUAUACACAUUUAUAUUUCACACUCCCUGUUAGCAGAAGGUGUGACCACAUGCUAUACUGUUGUUUAUUUCGUUGCCAUGACAACAUGCUUGCCAACCAGAAAGUUGGGAACAGUUUACCUGUGGACCUCCAAGCAAGAACGGAAAUGGUAUCACGUAAAGAUUUCCUGCCAUUUUUAGAACAGCAGCUCUUUCUGAAAGCUCAUACUGAAUACUGUGAUCAGAUAAUUCAUAAUACGCAGAAAGGUUCCAGUGAAAAACUGGUACCAACUGUGAGAUUUAUUUACAGAUUGUUCUCUGUAUGGUAAAGUAAGUUGUGCACAGUUUUAGAUAUUGUAAAACUAAUGAAAUAGUAGUAAAGCUCACUUUACCAGCUGAUCACGUGUAGUAGACAGUUUAAGUUUUCAGAAACACCGUGUGACUGUUUCUCUAACCCUCUUUAAAAAGAUGUGUCAUAAAUUUUCCUUUCGGCUCAUAUUACAUAUCCGAUGCACAUGAUCUUUUUGCACAUACCUUUUUAAAGAGCACACAACUAAUGUGCGAUCAGUUUGAGAAUCAGUCACAUAAGGCAGAGGACAAACAGAUACAGUAUAAAGACAACAUGCACAAUUAUUGUUGUCGAUAGUUGUCGUCCCCUGAGCCCCACUCCCCCGAACUGUUUGAGAAAUACCUCGUGUGCAGAGAGUAAGUUACAUCCUGCUUAUCAAUGCUGGAACCUCACUGCAACAAAUACACAAGCUUAGCGAGUGCAACCUAGUCUGCUUUUUUCCUGGUAUUUUGAGUCAAAAUGUCCCUCUAACACCCGUGAGUCUGCAGGAUCCAAGAGAAUUUCGUAAUUUCAAAUCACUUACCAAGCUUGUUAUUUCUCGCAGUGUCCUCUCAAAAUACUUUUAUUUUUCAAAAGAUGCUGCACUUGGUUUAGAUCACAGAUGUAACUGCUUUCAAUGUGUGUCUCUCGGUGUCUUCAAGCCCAUUUGCUGUUUCACACUCCAUGCACAACAUUCUGACAUUAGGUUUAUACAUCAGGCAUUUGCUUUAAACUGCAUGAUUUUUAUGGUCCACAAAGGAAAUUUCAUUUGUGUUUUCAUUCAACCUCAACCCAUAGUAUUGUCAUAUAUUGUAUUUACACACAGUAAAUCAAAAAUCCAUUCCUUUGCACAAACUUUCCCAAAUGGUGAGCCGAAUGCACGAGGGUCCAAUGAAUAAAAACAUAUAAAAUGAUAAUUUUACCCAUUAAACAUGUUAUACUACAGUUUUAUAUUCUAGAGAAAAGACUAAUUCCACAGAAAUUAAUGGAUUUUCCUAAGAACUCAAAUACUGAAAAGAAAUAAAAACACAUUUGGCAUGAGGAGGUUGUCACAUCCACCUGUUUUGAGAUAAAUGAGACUGAAUUAACAAGCAAAUGGCAGUCUCUGUUUACAUUUUCAGCUCAUUUAAUUGAAAAUGACUCUUCCCCCAGACGUGAAUGCUGUAAAUGAAAUGUCCUGAAACAAUGGUGAUUAUGUGUGGAAGCGUGACUACAGGAUAUUGUUGGGUUUGAAUGUCCAUUGUCAUCCUGUCAUUUAUAGCCUCGGUGUCAGGGUCAAGGCCAGGCGGCCAGAAAUACUAGCAGUGUGGUGCACAGAAAAUAUGGAUAGACAGAUGUGAGUAGUAGCUAAAAUACUCUCAAUAGCUCCAUAAGACAGAAGACACACAUUCAGAAUCUCUUCACAGGAAUAAACAAGACAUCUGUAAGCAACAGUAGAGCAUCUGCUCCUAAGAUCACGAGCCUCCUCGUUUUUUAUUGCAAGAAUGCACCCUGUGCCUCUAUUUUAAUUGAUUUAAUUAAUUCAGUUAUGAUUUCCUAUGGAGUCGAGAGCGCAUAAUAGAGCAUGAAAAUUAGAUACUGCAAGGUUUCCACAGGCAUAAUAAAAGGUCUAGUUUUUAACAAUUAAUGACAGAGAUCUGAUCUCCUAGUGUGCCUGAAAGAGAGAAUUCAGACUCCACGUUGUCUCUGUUUAUUCUGGCAUGUCACAAUCAGAACCAAAACACAGGGGUUGGCUUUCACAUCUCGUGUUACCUGCUGAAAUGCAGCCAAAUCCAAAGUAGCUUUCGGUGCAAAUACCGAGCUUACAGUAGAAUUCUAAAUUUGGUACAAGACUUCUGUAAGCUCUCAUGGAUGCUAAAUGAGCUCCAGAUUUCCCCCCCACUAACCCCUUACCAUAUCCCUCAGUAUCCAGCUGUGCGGUGACAGAUGUCGUCUCCCGUUUUGACUCCAGGUUCUUACAGCAACUGUUUUUACUCACAGGUUUUCCUGUGUAUACAUAAGUCGAGGGUGUGAUCUCAUUAUGUCAGCCUAAAGUUAACUUUGUGUUUUUAUUACUUCGUCUCCAUGCAAGUUGAGUUUUGUACUAAUGCAAAAGUAUGUCAGUGCGCCAGUGCAAUGUGUACAUUCAUGUGAGGAUGAGUUAGUUGUCUUUGUGAAUGCACUUCUAUACAUUUCAUUUCCCUGAUUCCCAGACUGAAUUUAGACUAAAGAUGUGCUGACUCAUGGUGAAGGUACAGACAAAAUUAGAGUGAACCCACCUCUGGAAUUCAUCUAAUGUUUAUUUGAUAGGGGCAGAUGCAGUAUACUUAGACAAUUGUACAACAAUUAUCACUGCGGCAACUGCUAAUUUCCAAUUCCUGUCCCUCGAGGGGCUUUUAAAUAAGAUAAUUAAAAAGAGUUUAAACUAUGUGGUACAUUUUGCUGACCUUAUAGAAAGAGCAGUGCAAUUUGCCAGUAUACACAUAUAUAGAGACAUAUACACAUACAGCCUAUAUACAUACUGUGUGUGUGUGUGUGUGUGUGUGUGUGUGUGUGUGUGUG